AUGUCUGCUACUAGUCCGUUGACUCCAGAACAACAACAACAGUUUCAUCAAUACAUGAAACAACACAAUUUAGAUUCCUUGUUUAACGAUUUAACCAAGAAAUUGGUUGAAAAGCAACCUUUGGAUCCUAUUCAAUUUAUGAUUGAUGAAUUAGAGAGAAAGGAUCCGAAGAAUCAACCAAGAAAAGUUGUAUUUGUGUUGGGAGGUCCAGGUUCAGGAAAGGGGACACAAUGUGCCAGACUUGUUGAAAAGUACAAGUUUGCACACUUCAGUGCUGGAGAUUUAUUGAGAGCUGAAUCAACCAAGGACACUGAAACCGGAAGAAUGAUCAAUAACUUUAUAAAGGAAGGUAAAAUCGUACCAGGAGAAGUGACCAUUGCUCUAUUGAAACAGGCAAUUAUGGGUCACGAAGAUCCAAACACUGUCUUUUUGAUUGAUGGAUUCCCUCGUGAGAUGAAACAAGCCGUCGAUUUUGAGAGACAAAUUUGUUUCUGCCAGUUUGUCCUCUUCUUUGACUGUCCUGAGGACGUUUUGGAGAGUCGUUUGUUGAAGAGAGGCCAAACAAGCGGCCGUAUUGAUGACAACAUUGAAAGCAUCAAGAAGCGAUUCCAAACCUAUAUUAAUCAAACAAUGCCAGUGAUUCAAUACUUUAAGGCGUUCAAUAAGGUCAAGACAAUUGACAGCUCGAAAUCUGUAGAUUUGGUAUUCGAAGAUGUUUGUAAACUUUUUGAUUAA